CUCACCACUCCAUUCUUUCCUCUCACAGGACCUGGACCUCCAGGGACCCUCAGCCAUGAGGACCCUCGCUCUCCUUGCUGCCCUUCUCCUCCUGGCCUUCCAGGCCCAGGCUGAGACCCUGCAAGAGACAGCUGACCAGGUUCCCACCCAGGAGCAGCCUGAGGUCGAGCACCAGCACCAGCCCGGGGAUGACGACCAGGAUGUGGCCGUCUCCUUCGCAGAACAUGAACGCUUUGCUCGACAGCUUGGAGGCCUUCGGAAGAAAACAAUAUACUGCUCAUGUGUCCGUGGGGGCUGCGUACCCCCUAGCCGUCCCUCUGGAACCUGUACGAUCUAUGGCCGUCGAUACACAUUCUGCUGUCGCUGAGCUUUGUGGACUGAGACCCACAGUACAGCAAGACCCCACUGAAGACCUGGACACGCAUUUAGUCUUUCUACCUGUGCCUUUUCUUCUCUCUCUCUCCAUAAUAAACUUCAAGCAUUAAACUCA